AUGAUGAUUGCCACAAAAUGCCCAAGCCGUCAAUCUCAUUCUGACUACUAUAGUGUCGGAUCAUCUUGCUCCUCAUCGUGUUCCGAAGACGAGGCUCCCCCAUUCCUGGACCAAGAACUGAAACCUCUGGUAGACGCUUCCACUACAACACAACCAGAAGAUCUUUCUUCUCUUCCUGUUGGAGUCUGUCCACAAUGCCUUCAAAUUUUUGAACAGCCAGUCAGUCUCCAAUGUGGUCACUCAUUAUGCCUCAUGUGCUGCAAUCAUCUGCUCUUCUCGGUGAAACCAGUGACCACUGCUCAUCUGAAUCGUCAACGUCCUCGUAUGGGAAUUAGUCAGCGUGCCCCAUCCACUAUUCCCGGAUCCAAUGGCAUCGUCAUGUACCGUACUCCAAAGUGUCCCGUCUGUUGUGCACCGCCCUCUAGAGCUGGCCCUGUACCGAACCUUGCCCUCGAUCAUCUGCUUCGAAAUAUGAGAACUUUUCGAUGGAAUCAAAUUGAGAAGGAUGUGAGCAGCCGUGGAUCUCGGAAGUGGGACGAUGGACCUAUCCAAGACUGUCGAAUUGCUGUUCUGGGAUCGGCAAAAGUUGGAAAAACGUGUUUCACAAUGGUACAAAAUGGGAAUGAAGUGAUGUUCCCAGAUCUUCAUAGCGAAUCAGAAGAUGCCGAUGCCUACAUGAUAGAGAUAGCAGAUGGAAUAUCGGUGGAAAGAGCGUGCAUUGCUUCCAGUGGUAUCAUAAUCAUGUACUCGGUGGUUGACAGACAAUCCUUCUACCAUGCCGCUGAGAUAUUCAAAAAGUUAGAGAACGAAAGAGAGCAUAAUCAACCAAUAAUUCUCGUCGGAUCCAAGAAGGAUGUCCGAGGCAAGCGAGUAGUCACAUCCCUUGAAGGUCAACAGCUGGCACGAACACUGAGAGUCCCGUUCAUGGAAGUGUCUUCGAAGUACAAUGAUUGCGUUUUUGAUACAUUUGAAGAGCUGGUCUCGAUGAUUCAGAAACAAAAUGCUGCGUUUAAGAAUGUAGUGAAACAAAUUAUUGUUUGA